GCCAACCUGAUCAACGAGCUGUUGGUGGUAUUUGUCUGUGCAACCACCGGCCAGGGUGACCCACCUGACAACAUGAAGAUGUUCUGGCGGUUUCUGUUCCGGAAGAACUUGCCGCCCGGCUCCCUCUGCCAGCUGGACUACGCCGUGCUGGGCCUUGGCGACUCCUCCUAUCCCAAGUUUAAUUUUGUUGCAAAGAAGCUGCACAAACGACUUCUACAGCUUGGGGGCAACCCUCUGCUGCCAGUGGCACUGGGAGAUGACCAGCACGACUUGGGGCCAGAUGCAGUGAUCGAUCCGUGGCUCCUGGCCUUAUGGGACAAGGUCCUCACCUUGUAUCCUCUCCCUCCUGGCCUUGAGAUCAUCAGUCCAGACGUAUGCCUGCCCCCCAGGUACACCCUGCACUACCUGGCUGAGGACUGCCCCCAGCCCCACGCUGGGCCACCGGCACCCAGGGCCGUGCCCUCCGAGCUGUGCCCCUUCCCUGCCCGCCUGGUGGCCAACCAGAGGGUGACAGCAGAGGCCCAUUUCCAGGACGUCCGGCUCAUCGAGUUCGAUAUCACGGGCUCCGGCAUCACGUUCUCUGCGGGGGACGUGGUGAUGAUCCAGCCCCAGAACUGCCCUGAAGACGUGCAGCAGUUCUGCCAGCUCCUGCGCCUGGACCCUGACAGGCAGUUUGUGCUGAAGCCCACGGAGCCAGGCACACCCCUCCCUGCCCUCUUGCCACAGCCCUGCACCAUCCGGCACCUGGUCACCCACUACCUGGACAUCUCCUGUGUGCCACGGCGCUCCUUCUUCCAGCUCUUGUCCUACUUCUCUCCGAGCGAGCUGGAGCGGGAGAAGCUGCAGGAGUUCAGCUCUGCCCAGGGCCAGGAGGAGCUCCACAGCUACUGCAGCCGGCCCCGCAGGACCACGCUGGAGGCCCUCUGGGAUUUCCCUCACACCACGUGUGCCAUCCCACCCGAUUACCUGCUGGACCUCAUCCCCCGCAUCAGACCCCGCGCCUUCUCCAUCGCCUCCUCCAUGCUGGCUCACCCUGACCGCAUCCAGAUCCUCGUGGCCGUCGUGCGGUACAAGACGCGGCUCAGCAAGCCCCGCCGUGGUCUCUGCUCUGCCUGGCUGGCUUCUCUCAACCCAGAGCAAGGUGAUGUCCGGGUGCCUCUUUGGGUGAAGAAAGGAGGAAUGAAGUUCCCAGCAGACCCUGACACCCCCGUGAUCAUGAUUGGCCCUGGCACAGGGGUGGCACCUUUCCGAGCAGCGAUACAGGAGAGGGUGGCACAAGGGCGGAGAGGGAACUGCUUGUUCUUCGGCUGCCGCCAGAAAUCCAUGGACUUCUUCUGCCAGGAGGAGUGGGAAGAGCUGGUGGCAAAGGGCUUCCUGACACUCUUCACGGCCUUCUCCAGGGACCAG